AGCAAAGUUCCAACAUGGCAGAUUCGGUGCGUGAGCAAAAGUUAGCCGCUGCCAGAAAAAAGCUCCGACAGUUUCAGAAGAAAAAGGGCACAAAGCGAGCAGUUGAGUACAGCAGCAAAGAAACCACACCUGAUAUAGAGGGAAGCAUUGCUGAAGGGUCAAACCCACAGUCGGAGUCAGGUACAUUAUCCUCUAGAGCGUCAUCAGUUGACCUUGUUUCAGAGGAAUUCACAGACCAACCUGUAGCGAUUGACCAUGGAGAAACACACAGUGAUGUGUUCCCUUCCUCACAGGGAGUUUCAAGUGGCAUCGAAGUGGUCCAAAAUGCUGGCCCAGAAAAACAUGGAUAUGAAGACCAAAGAGGAGUACAAUUAAACUGUCAGUAUUCUGACUCGGUUCAGUCCCAUUUACCCAACACAGAGGGAAGUGAAAUGAUAACAUCAUCUACUUAUAAUUAUACAAAUGAAAACUCUCAAUUGACAUCAGAAGGGCAUGACUAUUCCCAGACUGUGUCUGUUAAUGGAAGUGGUGAUAACACAAGUCUGAACUCUGAGGUUCCUAAUUGUGUGCCACAACAGACAGCCAAUGAAACAGGAGGCUUUAAUCAGCAAAAUAAGCUUGCUUCAUAUUUCCAGUCAUCAUCAGACUAUAGCAGCACUUCUAGGCCAGACCCCUUUUCAUUAUCAUUGAGUGCUACAGAAGUUAUAUCUCCAGAUGAGAGUGAUAUAAGUACCAAAUCAUAUAUUGAAUCUGAAAACCUAGGAACGCAACUCUCAAGGGAACAAGAGCCAACAUCAGCAUUCCAGACAGUCAUUCCUUCAUCACAACCUCACACAGAACCAAUUGAUGAUCACAAAGAACCAACAGUCAUGGGUACUGAACCAGUAUACCAAGGAGAGCAAAAUUCACCAGAGACCUUUGAAAGAGAAGGAUCUGUAAGUUCAGAAACGACAGCAAGUGUGACAACAGCCAUACAUGUGACGAAGGGUGAAAGUCAAGAUGAACCAGUGCUCAAGUCUUCAUCUGAAAGUCUUCGACAGAUUUCCCUGCAGCUGAGUGGGCUGAUGAGUGAGAGUGAAGGAGCAGCAACAGACACAUCAAACAACACUGUGUUGGAGUUGGAACGUCGUAACAGUGAAUUAGCAGCCUUGUUGCAGCAGGAAUCUCAGACAUCACAGCAACAGUCUCAGUAUAUAGGAGAGAUGAAAGCACAUGUCGAGAGGCUUGAAGCAGAGUUGAAUGCUGCAAGAGGAAUCCUAAACUCCUCAGUUACCGGAGGAGCUCGUGAGGUGGAGAGUUUGAGGGAGCAGUUACAGGUUCACAUACAGACCAUCGGGAUCCUGGUGUCAGAGAAGUCAGAGCUGCAGACCUCUCUCACACAUGCCAAUCAUGCACUUAAACUGAAAGCAGGUGAAGUAACCGAGCUUGAUGGACGAUUGAGUGCAUCCCGUCAGCGAGUUGGAGAAUUGGAGGCAAGCGUAAAGGACUUGAACGUGCAGAGGGAUGCACUAAAGUCAUCACAAGAUAGCCUCUCAAAAGAUCUUGAUGCAUCAAAAAUGACGAACUUCAAGUCUAACAAGUUGUGUGAAGAGCUGAAGACUUCAAUUGCUGAAUUAACCGAACGAUUAAGCGUAAAAACGAGCGACCACGAGAAAUUGAUGGCACAGCUGACAGAAACCAAGAGUCAGUUGGCAAUGGCACAGCUUAAUUUGCAGCAGUUGAGAGAUGGUACAAACGAUGACCUUCAAACCCAGCUUGAAAAUGUUCAAGCAGCACAUAUGGAGAGUCAGAGGCAGUUGCAGGAGUGUCAGGCAGAACUAGGGAAGGCUCACUCAGAACAUUCCCAUGUAGCAGCUCAGUACCAGCAGUACACCACUCAGUUGGCAUCACAAAUGGAGGCUUUGCAAAAGCAG